AAAAUUUUAAGACCAAAAUGAGAAGUACAGUGUCAGUGCGUGAAGGCCAGGGAGUCGUGCUGCUCUGCGGCCCCCCGCCACACUCUGGAGAACUAUCUUAUGCUUGGAUCUUCAAUGAAUAUCCAUCAAUUGUUGAAGAAGAUAGUCGGAGAUUUGUCUCUCAAGAGACAGGGCAUCUCUACAUAGCCAAGGUGGAGCCAUCCGAUGUGGGAAAUUACACAUGUGUGGUGACAAGUGCAGUGACAAAUGCCAGAGUCCUAGGCUCUCCGACUCCUUUGGUGCUACGUUCUGAUGGUGUAAUGGGUGAAUAUGAACCCAAAAUAGAAGUUCAGUUUCCAGAAACUCUUCCAGCAGCUAAAGGUUCAACUGUGAAAUUGGAAUGUUUUGCCCUUGGAAAUCCCGUACCUCAGAUUAAUUGGAGAAGAAGUGAUGGACUGCCUUUUUCCAGUAAAAUUAAAUUAAGGAAGUUCAAUGGUAUGCUUGAAAUCCCCAACUUCCAACAGGAAGAUGCAGGUUCCUAUGAAUGCAUUGCUGAGAAUUCACGAGGAAAAAAUGUUGCCAGAGGGCGUCUCACUUAUUAUGCAAAGCCCCAUUGGGUUCAACUCAUAAAAGAUGUGGAAAUAGCUGUGGAAGACAAUCUGUACUGGGAAUGUCGGGCAAGUGGCAAGCCCAAACCCUCCUACCGAUGGUUGAAAAAUGGAGAAGCCCUGAUACUAGAGGAGAGAAUACAGAUAGAAAAUGGUGCUCUUACAAUAUCAAACCUAAAUGUGACUGAUUCUGGCAUGUUCCAAUGCAUAGCAGAAAACAAACAUGGUCUCGUCUAUUCCAGUGCUGAACUCAAGGUUGUUGCUUCUGCUCCAGAUUUUUCAAAGAACCCAAUGAAAAAGUUGGUUCAGGUACAGAUGGGCAGCCUGGUCAGCUUGGAUUGUAAACCCAGAGCCUCUCCCAGGGCACUCUCUUCCUGGAAGAAAGGAGAUGUGAUUGUGCAGGAGCAUGAAAGAAUUUCUUUUUUAAAAGAUGGAGGACUCAAAAUAGCCAACGUAACUAAAGCUGAUGCUGGAACUUACACCUGCACAGCAGAAAACCAGUUUGGGAAAGCAAAUGGCACAACACACUUGGUUGUUACAGAACCAACAAGAAUAAUUUUGGCGCCAUCUAACAUGGAUGUAUCGGUUGGCGAAAGUGUCAUUUUGCCCUGCCAGGUGCAACACGACCCCCUUUUAGACAUCAUGUUUACCUGGUAUUUCAAUGGGGCCCUCGCAGAUUUUAAGAAAGAUGGAUCUCACUUUGAGAAAGUCGGUGGGAGUUCAUCUGGUGACUUAAUGAUCAGAAACAUUCAGCUGAAACACAGUGGAAAAUAUGUUUGUAUGGUGCAAACAGGGGUGGAUAGUGUUUCAUCCGCUGCCGACCUCAUAGUAAGAGGUUCCCCUGGACCACCAGAAAAUGUGAAGGUAGAUGAAAUUACAGAUACAACAGCCCAACUCUCUUGGAAAGAAGGUAUAGACAACCACAGCCCAGUUACAUCCUAUUCUAUCCAGGCUAGGACACCUUUCUCCGUGGGUUGGCAAACUGUCACAACAGUGCCUGAGGUCAUCAAUGGGAAGACACACACAGCUACUGUAGUCGAGUUAAACCCUUGGGUGGAAUACGAAUUUCGGGUUGUAGCCAGUAACAAAAUUGGAGGUGGAGAACCCAGUUUACCCUCAGAAAAAGUAAGAACUGAAGAGGCAGAAAAGAACCUUAUAGUUUUGUCUAGUUCUGUGGAUGAAGUGACUGAAUGUAAUUUGGAAUCGAAAAAUACCAUGGAUGUUUCCGGUAAAGUUGAGAACUCCCUUCAGAGAAAUAAAAUGGAACCACUGGAUUAUUGUGAAGACACAGUGUCUAAUGAUAAGCAGUUGCAGAGCACCGAGUUGAAUAAAUCAGACUUAGAGGUGGUCGAUACUAGUGCUUUUGAACGAGAAAGUAAUAUUUUAGAAAAUGCUAUUUGUGGUGCACCAGACCAAAAUUCAAGACAGUUGAAUAUUAUUGAUAGUAUUAAAGUGGAGUCGCUUGAAACAGCAAACCUUCAGGAUGACAGAAACAGCCAGUCAAGUAUUGUUUCUUGCUUAGAAUCAAAAAACAUUAAAUCCAAACAUUCAAAACCUAUGACUCAUUCUAAGCAAAACGUGACUGCAGAUCCUCCAAAGAAAAUUGUUGCAUCAAAGCAUGACAUAAUGCAAAACAAAAGUAAAGUUAAUGUCAGAAAUAUGAAACGAAAUGCUGAUGAGCCACAAUCUCAGAAAAGUUUCCAUAGGCCAGUCAAAGUGAGAAAAAAACAAGUCGGUAAAGAUUCAAAGAUUGAGAGUUGCAAUUCUGGGGUUAAAUCUGUGAAAAACCAAGCCCAUUCUGUAUUGAAAAAAACAUCACAGGAUCAAAAUUUAGUACAUAUUUCCAAACCAUUAAUUCAUUCUUUGAGUGAUAAGCCUCAUGGUCAUCUUGGUUAUUCUAAAGAACCUCAUCAUUCUGCACAAACUGGACAUUUACUACAUUCCAGCCAGAAGCAGUGCCAUAAGCCUCAGCAGCAGGCCCCAGCAUUGAAAACCAAUAGUCAUGUAAAGGAAGAGCUUGAUCACCCAGGCAUUGAGCAUUUUAAGGAGGAGGAUAAACUGAAACUAAAGAAACCUGAGAAGAACCUACAACCCCGCCAAAGAAGAAGCAGCAAAAGUUUUUCUUUGGAUGAGCCACCAUUGUUCAUUCCAGACAACAUAGCUACAAUAAAAAGAGAAGGCUCAGAUCAUAGCUCCUCAUUUGAAAGCAAAUAUAUGUGGACUCCCAGCAAGCAGUGUGGGUUUUGCAAAAAACCACAUGGCAACAGGUUUAAAUUAACUGAAAUCUCUGAUGCCAUGAGAUUAAGGAUUCCUCGCAAUAGGAACAUUAGUUUUCGGAAUAACCAAAUUACUUAUGGAACUAGAGAUAACACUUUUAAUCCUGACAUUCCUCAAGUACGGUACUGGAAUAAUGGAGGAGAGGAGGAAUCAUCAGGCAAAGUGAAAGUGGAAGGAAACCAGACAUCAGCCAGACUCCAGGGCCUGAAGAGCAACCUGGCAUACUACACAGCUGUCCGGGCUUACAACAGCGCUGGUGCUGGUCCCUUUAGCGCCACAGUGAAUGCAACCACCAAGAAAACCCCUCCCAGUCAGCCACCAGGAAAUGUUGUUUGGAAUGCUACAGAAACUAAAGUGUUACUUAAUUGGGAACAAGUUAAAGCAAUGGAGAAUGAAUCAGAAGUAACAGGAUAUAAAGUUUUCUAUAGGACUAGCAGUCAAAAUAAUGUGCAUGUGCUGAACACAAAUAGAACUUCAGCUGAACUUGUGCUACCCAUUAAAGAGGACUACAUCAUUGAAGUUAAGGCCACAACGGACGGAGGAGAUGGGACCAGCAGUGAACAGAUCAGGAUUCCAAGAAUAACCAAUAUGGAUGCAAGAGGAUCCACUUCAGCCACCUUGAAUGUCCACCCUGUGUCGAGUUACGUACCUGUAGUACUGUUCUUUAUUGUAAAUACCCUGUGGUGAUAUUAAUGCUUUUUUAUUGUUUACUGGAAAGUUAAUUGGUUACCAAAAAAAAGUGCUUUCAUGAAA